AUGGAGGACCACUUCCGCGUCAUCGUCGUAGGGGCCGGGCCCGUCGGGCUGAUGGCAUGCCACGCCCUGUCCAGGGCCGGCAUCGACCACGUGCUGCUGGAGAUGCGACCAAAGCUCGACAAGGAGGCCGGCACGUCCAUCGGCAUGUGGCCGCACAACGUCCGCGUCUUGGAUCAGCUGGGGCUGCUCGACGAGGCACUCGAUCUGUACAUGCCCGUGCUCAACAAGAUCAACCUGCGCCGCGACGGCACCGUCACCAGUCGCAAUGACAUGUUUGCCGCCAUCCAGCGCAACCACGGCCACGACUUUAUGUGCUUCCACCGCGCCCGCCUCAUGGACCUGCUGUACCGACGCCUGCCGGCCAACACCGAGAGGGUCUUGUUCAACAAGAAGGUGCUCGCCAUCGAGGAGACCACCCCUGAUUCCGUUACAGUCACCUGCGGGGAUGGCAGCACUUAUACAGGGUCCAUGGUCCUCGGGGCCGACGGCGUGCACAGCGCCGUCCGACGUCUGAUGAACAGGAACGUAGGAGGCGACUCGGAGGCGGAGAAGGAGGACAACUGCUUCAAAGCGAGCUACCGUGGUCUGUACGGUUACGCGGCUCGGUCCCCCCAGCUCCAAGAAUCGACGAUAUAUGAGACGCACGGCAAGAGCUUCUCGAUCCAGCUCGUCGUCGCCGAGAAGCAGCAGCACUUUAUUGUCUACGAGAAGCUGGACUAUCCGACGAGCAAAAUGGGCCAAAGAUUUACCGACGUCCACAGGGAUGCGAUGGCCGCCCGGUUUGCCGACGUAAAGUUCGCCGAGGGAGUGACGUUUGGCGACGUGUGGGCGACGUCACACUGGAGCAACAUGUCCCUCAUCGAAGAGGGGACGGUUUCGCGUUGGCACCACGGCCGCGUCGUCUUGGUCGGCGACGCCGCGCACAAGAUGACACCCAACAGCGGCUUUGGGAUGAACAGUGGCGUGCAAGGCGUGGUGAGUCUGAUCAACCGCUUACAUGAGCUGCUGAACGGACACAAGGAAAUGACGCCAGAUUCUGGAGAGCUCGAACAAGCUUUCAGGGAUUACCGGUCCGCGCGGCUUCGAGCCGCCCGAUCAAUUGUCCAGUUAUGUGGCAUGUAUACACGAGGAGUCACUUGGGACAACUUCCUCUUGCGUUUGGCAGAUCAGCACAUACUGCCAUUCCUCGGCGGCGACGUCAUGACACUCAGGUUGUUGUUGUCGCCAAUGGUUCAAAAGGGUGAGGUAUUGAGCUUCUUGCAAGAGAAGAAUUUCCGCGAGGGAACCAAAGGUUACAACAAUCCGCCGCAAGUAGUUGGCUUGGACGAAAAGACAAUUCUUACCACCGUGAUUUGAGUCAUUUGACGGAUGGGAUACUGGGAAUUUCCAAGAUUAACCAAGCAUAGCAUAUGCCUCAUAGACAUCCCAUAGAAGAUAGUUAGCUUAAAUUGCUUAACAAAAUCCGAAAAAGA